AAGUCCGAAAACCCAAUAUCUCUGUGUGUUAUACACCGUCGUCAGAAUCCUAUAGUAACUAUUUAAUGAACAUAGUUCUGAAUGAAGGGGCAUAUUCAUAAUUUGGUGUGGGGAGUCUGUGUUCUUCAGUGCUAACAAAAAAGGAAGAUAUUGUACUGAAAUAUAAUAGUAAUUGGUGACCAGUUUAGAGGAAAAAUUAGUGAACUCAGUACAGUCCAUAAGAGUCCUAUCUGCAGUUGGGGCGUUCAUGCAAGCCUUUGAAGAAAAUGAAAUAAUAACUUGAGUGUUAGAAAAAAAUGAGGUUUUAGCUGGAGAAAGUAAAAUUUGAACUGUAAAAAAUAGCAGAAGCUGUAGUCUCGUAUGUCAGAUACUGUAACACAUCCAUGAAUACAGGAUGGUAAAUAGACCAGUUGUGUAUGCAUACAGAUUGUAUGGACAUGCUUUGUAGAAUUUGGUACACAGGUAAAGUUACACCUAAGAGCUAAUCUUCCUCUUUACUUUGUCAUAGUGGUGGACAGUGGCAGAUACUGCUAUGUGCAUAUAAAUAAGAAACAUGGUAUUGUGACUAUAAAACAUAUGUGAUGCAGAGAUUAUGGGGUCACAGAGGUGGAUUUGAUUAAAUGCAAGAAACCCAUUGUCAUGAUGUGUUGUGUUUCUCCCCAUGUAUGUUCAUAUUUGUUAAUUACGACUAUCUCGUGGUAUAAAGAAAUGUUGACUUUGCAAACAGAUAUAAGAGCAGUUUCUUCCUUUGAAUAUGUGACUCAGAAUCUUUAACUGAGUAAUAAGGUUAUACCCACUGUGAACUGUCAUGGCUGCUGAAAACUGAUCAACUGUUAUUCCUGGAAUUAAAUGUCCCAGAUAAAUCUUGUGGAAUAAAUGAAGUAAAUGUUAUAUCUUUGUUUUAAUAAUUUCCCUCAUUUGAUAAGCCGUUUUUGAGACAUUGAAAAUAUAGAUCUAAAGGGAGGAUACAUUCAGCUGAAUUUGGCCAAUUAGAAUCUGUACUCUGGAUAAUUGGGAAAAGCUACCUACAGAUAAUCUUAGCAUCACAAAUCUCUUUUGCACGAUUGUUUUUACUUCUCAGGAAUUGUCUUCAAUAAAUAAACUGACUUGUUUUAAUUUCUGCAGUUAUGUUGCUGAUGAAACAGUAGUUGGUAGCUAGAUACAGAGUUUACAGGUCAGGGUCAUGAUUCCUGACCUGUGGCCAUCAUAUUGGAAAUAAUUGUAACACAAAAUGUAAGAUAUGUAUUUGUGUUAAGGCCAGUUUGUGCCAUAAUAUUGUCAAAAUGGUGACAUAUCCUUUGUUUGAACUUUAUACUAUGUCAGCAUAAACAGCUGUUCUGUUUGGAUAAUAAUUAUGUAAGUAAAUAUUAAUUUAGUGAUUAAAAGUUGUUGAAGAUGUGACGCAGUUAGGUAACAGCUGUUACUGAGACAGCUGAAUUAACUGAACAACAAAGUGUAUUCUAUCCUAGGUUUGGUUUAAUGACCAAGACAGAGAAUGUGAUGCACUUACAUUGUACUCUUUUUUUUUUUCACAGAGGUUCAGUAAGAAAGUAGUUAUGUGCUCAGUAUGUAAAAUAAUGAAGUUCUGUCACAAGGAGCAUAAAUUUUGUUAUGCAAGUAGAAUAUAUACAUUUGUUUGUAUCAUGGUGGUGUCAUGAUAUGUCAUUACCAGAUUUUGUUUCAAUAAUACAGAAUUUCAGUCAAAGGGUUUGGUGUUUAAGAUAGACUUCCUGUGACUGGAAUUUGCAAAACUAUAUUUUGUUUUGAAAUAUAUCAUCAAACAAGUUGGAACUUUGCUAGAAUUAUGUUGAUAGUCUGGUACAAAGGAAGCUACCAGUAACAAAACAGUUAUAUGUGUGUCAUUUGCAACAAGAAAAUGUUUGUUCCUGCAUGCUGGUGCCAUCACAUGGUCUCAAGUGUCUCCAUGGAACUGCAUGAUAAUGCCAAGGUAUCUCGAGCUGAAAGAAGCCUUUCUUCAUUCCUUAUCCUUUAUGCCUUAUUUGUAGGAGAUUUCUGUACUUCUGCUUACCAUUUUCCUUACAGUUAAUGCACUAUAUGCCUUACAUAAGCUUCAUAGUUCGAGAUCCAUUGGUCAAACACUAGUUUAUUUCAAUAUUGUGUUCAUUCUGUGAAUGGUCAAGUGUUCUGCAGUGCUACUUGAUGUAGUUUAAAUCAAGUGAGUGAGUAUAGCAUAGGCCAGAUAGAAGUCUGUUCGCCUACUGAAGUGACAGUGAGUAGCAUAUUGUGUUCACAGAAGCAGAGAAGUGAUGUAUCCUCCACGUGUUACAGCAGCAUUCUCGUUUGUAUAAAAUUCAGCGGCUUGUAUUUGGUUUGGAGUGUUUUCUCUAGUUUGUGUUAGAUCUCUUAGAUUUGGUGUGUUGAGUGUCCAUCUGAAAUCAAGUGCACAAGAAGUGCUUCAGUAAGUGGCAGAUUGUCCUUAUGGACAACUGAUUUUUUUUAAUGGUGUGUAGGAGUAGUUGCAAGGAAAUGAUAGCAGAGAAGUCAUGGUAAGCGUUCUGUAAAACUGCUAUUAGGGCACUGUGCUUUUCAAGAUAAUUGACAUAAGAAGUUCACGCCUUUAUUGCCCAUUAUUGCCCCACUGGCUGUCAGCUAUGGAACCACUGAUUCAUAUGAUCCUGGUGGCAGAUGCAAUUACUCAACCUGCAUCUAGUGGGAGAAAGUAAAUAGCUUCAUUGCAGUGACCUGCUCCACCUGUAAGACAUCUUAUACAACACAACCUAAAUGGCAGAGCUUAUGUUAACCGAAUAUUUGCCUGGCUGUUGUUCCAUCUAACUGAAGUAGGUGUGGUGUAUCGAAGUAUGAAAGACCAGAAAGGAAAAUGUCGGCUACAGCACACAAAGUGAAAUGGUGGGAGAAAGGAGGAACUGAAUUGGCAAAUCUUAGAGAUUCUGAAGAUAGACUGCGGCAACAAAAUCUUGAGUCCACUCAACGGGAGAAAGUGCUUGUCCGUCGGCUAGCCACCAAGGAACAAGAAAUGCAGGAAUAUGCAAAUCAGAUAGCUGAGUUGAAGGCAGCACAAGCCCCAGGAGCUGCUGCACUUCGCUCAGCCCUGCUUGACCCAGCAGUGAACCUAUUGCUUCAGCGUCUGAGACAGGAACUUCUUGCAACUAGGGCACGCCUUGAGGAGACACAAAAUGAGCUGAGUGCAUGGAAGUUCACACCCGAUAGUAACACAGGCAAAAGGCUGAUGGCAAAGUGUCGCUUGCUGUACCAGGAAAACGAAGAAUUAGGUCGCAUGAUCAACAGUGGUCGACUGGCUAAAUUGGAAGGUGAUUUGGCUCUUCAGAAGAGUUUCAGUGAGGAAGUGAAGAAAUCACAGUCAGAGUUGGAUGAAUUCUUGCAAGACUUAGAUGAAGAUGUAGAAGGGAUGCAAAGCACCAUCUAUUACCUACAACAGGAACUACGUAAGGCGAAAGACACAGUGACUAGUCUUCAGCAAGAAAACACAUCGUUAAAGAAUGGGAAUGCAUCUACAGCAUCUGAACAUCAGGAAGAUAUGGUAGAUAGUGAGGUGGGGAGGGAAGCCAGACCACGGACACCAGUAUGCCAUAAUGGAGUGCAGCAUAAAGGGGAGGAAGACUCUGAAGGGUGGGAAGAACGGACUUCGGACCGAGGGUCAUGUAGAGAUCCUGGCACAUCACCAGUACAGUCCCUUGUACGUAGUCCCUCAUCUGCUAAUAUAGAGCAAUCUGUUGAUGUUGCCAGUGCACACAAAGAAAUCCACAGUCCUCCUCCUCCUCCUCCUCCUCCUGAAGAAGAUAGUGUGUCUUGUGAAGUUAGGACAAGGCCACCACGUUCACCCCAGGAGCCGGAAGGAAGAACUUUCGAGGAAUCAGAUGAGUCAGUCAAUUUGCAACCACCCAGCCCAACUGUCUCAGCAUUGAAACGGGAAUGGGAAAGAACUAAACAUCAAGAUGAAUCAUCAAGUGAUUCUGGUGAAUUGAUUAUCAAGCUUGAAGCAGAAGACAUUGGUGAAGAGGAAAUUGAAUCCAGGGACUCAAACCAUGCUGAAACAGAAAGUAAAACCAACAAAAGAGAAAUUGCAGAUGUUAGUGAUAACGAAGUAGAGGCUUCUGUGAAGGAUAACAAUCGUGCUCAACGAUCCCCAGUCAGUGUGAGGAAACGGACAUAUCCCAGUGAUGACAGUAGCGGUGAUGAUAGUGACAAUGUACCUCUAAUUAAGAAGGUACGUCGGGACUCUGAGAUUUCUCUUCAUUACAAUGAAGAUGAUGAUGAAACAUGUUUGACCAAUGGGGAUACAUCUGUUAUGAGAAAUGAUGGGCAGUGAGUGCCCCACAGCAACUCUCUUUAAUUCUUAUGAUUUGUACUAAUGAAUUAUGUGAAUUAUCAAUUUUCUAUUAGUAUUAUUGUCUGUGUAUAAAUUAUCAUUUAAUUGUGUACAAUUCUUUGCCAGUGAAAAUAUAAAAUAAUAAUGCAUAUUAUAAAAUAGACCUGAUGUCAGAUGUUGAGGGGGAACAGUAAUAAUAAAGUGUAUAAUUUUUUUAA